CUGUCCGUCAGGGAUCGGGUUCUCUUCCCUCAUCCAAAGCCGCCACCCACCUGCUGCUAGCUCACGUCACGUAGCUAGCUUUCUUCCUCCUGCCACUCCCAGCCCCGGUCCAACAAGAUCCAUCUAGCUCAAGAAACCAGGCUGAGCGAGCCAUGUGCUGCAGCGAGUGCGGCUGCUACGACGCAUUCUGCGACCGCUGCUGCCCCUGCGUCUCCUACGACGCGCGCGAGGCCAUCCUCUGCUGCGCCGCCUGCCUCGCCGUCCUCGCCGGCGCCGUCCUCCUGGCCGUGCUCCUCGCCGCCUACGGCUUCAUCCGCCACGCCGAAGUCAUCGUCCGGGACGCCUCCCUCACGCGCCUCGCGCUCGCCGUCUCCCCGGCCACCGCGUUCGCCUACAACCUCUCGCUCACGCUCACCGUCCGGAACAAGAACUGGGCCAUGAGCGUCAAGAACACCAAGCAGCUCGAGGCCCGCUACAGCUUCGACGGCCAGCCCUUCGAGCGGAUCAGGCUCGCCGAGGCGGGGUCCACGCAGCCCGCCGGCGACACCCAGGUGUACCACCUCGUCUCCGGCGACGACGGCGGCUACGUCGCGCUAGGCAACGCCGGCGUGGCCGAGUUCAAGGCGGAGAACGCGACGGGGAUGUUCAAGGUGGAGGUGGCGGUGUCGGGCGAGGUCAGGUACCAGGCGCACUACACCAAGUGCAAGUUCGAGGCCAAAUGCCCGCUGGUGCUGCAGCUCGCGCCGCCGGGCACGCCGGCCGUCGUGUUCCAGGAGGUCAAGUGCAAGCCCGUCACAGCCGACAAGAACUGCUAGUGAAUUUAGGAGUGACUGAUUGAUUGAUUGCUUCGUCGCGGUUU